AUGGCGGCCGCGGGCUUGGUCGCUGUGGCUACUGCUGCAGAGUACUCUGGCCCAGUAGCGUCGGGAGGUAACCUCUCCGUUGUUAACUGCGGCCCGAACUCCGGGGCAGGCCCAGGUCCUGGCCCGGGCUCAUGGAGCCGCUCCCUCGACCGAGCGCUGGAGGAGGCGGCGGUAACCGGGGUGCUGAGCCUGAGCGGCCGGAAACUGAGGGAGUUUCCCCGGGGAGCGGCCAACCACGACCUGACGGACACCACCCGGGCUGAUCUGUCACGAAAUCGCCUCUCAGAAAUUCCCAUAGAAGCAUGUCACUUCGUUUCUCUUGAGAAUCUCAAUUUAUACCAAAAUUGUAUUCGGUAUAUACCAGAGGCAAUUCUAAACUUGCAAGCUCUAACGUUCUUAAAUAUUAGUCGAAACCAGCUGUCAACAUUGCCAGUACACUUGUGUGAUUUACCAUUGAAAGUCUUAAUUGCUAGUAAUAACAAAUUGGUCUCACUUCCAGAAGAAAUUGGACAUCUCAGACAUUUAACAGAACUUGAUGUGAGCUGCAAUGAAAUUCAAACAGUCCCUUCCCAAAUUGGUAAUUUGGAGGCCUUGCGAGACCUUAAUGUAAGAAGAAAUCACUUAGUACGUUUGCCUGAAGAGCUAGCAGAGUUGCCUUUGAUACGGUUAGACUUUUCCUGCAAUAAAAUUACAACAAUCCCUGUUUGUUAUCGGAAUCUCAGGCACCUACAGAUGAUCACCCUAGAUAAUAAUCCACUACAAUCUCCUCCUGCACAGAUAUGUAUAAAAGGCAAAAUCCACAUAUUUAAAUACCUGAACAUACAGGCUUGUAAGAUUGCUCCAGAUCUGCCAGAUUAUGAUAGAAGACCCAUGGGUUUUGGCUCCUGCCAUGAAGAAUUAUACUCAGGUCGCCCCUAUGGAGCCCUUGAUUCAGGUUUCAAUAGUGUGGACAGUGGUGAUAAGAGAUGGUCAGGGAAUGAA